CUACAAUUGAAGUCCAUUUUGACGACCUUGGCACGAGUUCGUGGUGGGAUGGACGCUCCAGCGGAGCCACGGCGCCAGUCCGUCAGUGCGCCGGCGUCUGGGGUUACACUUGAGCAGAAUGCUCGUUUGGUGGCGAGAUCGUGGAACUUUCGAGCGAAACAGAGGCGAAAAUUCAGCACGACGAACCUCGAUCGACCAUUGACCGAGGGAUCCAUGCCGUACAAUUACGACUCCACGUUCACCCAAAGCGUGAUCAAGUGUGCAUUGCCCAUGGCGUGUACUUCCCGUCGACGUACCUCAAAAACACGUCGGAGCGAUGUCGCGAUCUCCCCGAUGAACGAUGUCGAUCUCACGUACGACCAAUUGUUUGAGCGAGAAGUAGUCAAGAUACCCCCACGUUUGGAACUGGCGUCGCAGGCCGAGAGCUUGAACAAGCUUAUCCAACGAGCGGAAGCCGCGUCGUCGUACUCGUUCUGCAAAUCGUUGAUCCGAACAGAAGACACGACGAUUCCGGUCGUUCGUCGAGUUCGACGGCAUGCAAGUCUUGCCAAGCUCUUGUCCAAGGAGCCCCUUGCUCCUGGAGACGAGGAACAACUCGACGCAGAGGUGGAGCCCGAAAGCGUCGACCAAGACGUCGUCGUCGACACCCAGGAUCAAAUGCACAUGGUGGCCAAGUUUCGAUGUCUGAUGAAUCGAGAUGUGACACUUGUGCACGUUCUCCCACAUGGUGGCAACCUUCCACUCAAUGCACUUGUGACCGAGGCGUGGACGACGUACUCGGACGGCCGCUACAAGGAAUGCAUGGCACAGUUGAAGAAAUGCUGCGUGAUGAACACGGACGCCGCCAAUCGCCCGAUGCUCUUUUUCAACCAGGCGGUUGUGCAGGCGCACCUGGGAAAUUUCAACAUGGCCAUGGCGGAUUUGAACGAAGCGAUUAAGUUGGAUCCGGACGUGCCGAGAUACUACAAAUUGAGGAGUGUAUUUUGGCGCGUCCAGGAAAAGUACAUCGAGGCGUCGAGGGAUUCGAAGCGCGCUGUGAGCAUCGAGCAGAACCAAGCGGGACACAAACACGCUCACCAAUUGGCUCGUAAAGCGUUGAAGGCGAUUACAAUGGUCCACGAAAACGCCCCCCACGUCAAGACGUCAAAGGAUGUAUUCCAAGAUGCAUAUGAAACUCCGCCCAGUAGCCGAAGUCUGGCCCAACUCGACAUUCUUAUCGACCAGUCAAGUCGAAUACCGUGCUUAGCCAAGCUCCAGCAUGAUAUUUUGCAUGCAUUAUGGCGGAAUUUGGUCUUUGCGGGAUGGCCAAACGAAACAAUCGUUCACGUGAGCAAGUCCACGAUCAGCAUGUACAUAGUGUUAGAAGGGACAGUGACAGUUCACACCGAGCAGCACGGCGUCAAGCAGAUCCAGCAAACGUUACAACCCGGCAGCAUCUUCAGUGAAGCCACCAUCUCGACCAACUUGUGGGCCGACACAACCCUGGAAGCCAUGACGGCCUGCCGUGUCCUCAUGCUGGAGCACGUUGUGUUUAAGCACACGAUGAAGAAAGUCAUGAUGGAAGGCGCAUCGGCGAGGGCGGCGUUUUUCACGUCGACGGGCAUCUUUGGCGAGUGGUCCGAAGAACAGCGCAACACCCUCGGUGUCCUGUCGGAGAAUUUCAACUUCAACGCGGGGGAUGUCAUCGUCACAGAAGGCGCAGUCGCCAUGCAUUUGUACUUUGUCCAGUCCGGGUUGUGUGGGGCGGUUCGCCUCCUCGGUGCCGAGCAAACUCGAAUUCAAGUUGCGAUGCUAUCCAGCGGCGACGUGUUUGGCGAGGCUGCGGUAUUGGACCCGAUCCACGGAUCCUUUCCAUUCACCAUUGUGGCCAACACGAUUUGCAAGAUCAUUCGCGUUGAAAAGAACUACCUGAACAAGAAGAACGGGUUUGAACUCCUGCGCCUUGGCAGCGUCACCAAGACGAUCUUGUCCAAGAUUCAGCAAUUCUCCGUUCGGUGUCCGCAGGAUAAACUGCUGGUUCAAAUGAUUCGCGACAGUUGCUCGUGGAAACUUGAACGGAAGAAGGUCCUCAGCGCAUUUGCCAAGGAUAUGUCGAAAGCCAGCGGCAAGCUACCUCGCGUCCAAAGCGAGCCACAGCUUUCCAAAUAUGAACUGCCAAACUCUUAACUUAACGGCGUGUCAGUCUUCAAC